AUGGCCACCACCACCACUAGUAGUAGCCACCAGAUCACUUUCCAGCCUAACAAUCCUCUGGCAAGCUUGAUCGCUAGACCCAAGUCUCCCAAAUCGAAACCGAUGACUCACAUGCUCUCACAAGACUUCAAGCGAAGGAAGGACUGGCACAAGCGGCUGGUCGAAGAUGUCAUGGACGUCCUCCAAGUCAUCGGCCCAACGGGCGAGCUCCUCUUCGUCAGCGAAAGCAUGGCCCGCCUGACCGGCUUCCCCACCUCAGAACUCCUCGGCAAUCAGAUCUCGAAUUGGUGCUUCGAGGAAGAGGACCGCUUGAAUCUCGAGCGAGAAAUCAAACACUGCUUCAGCCCUGGCUCAUCCGGGAUAAUCAACUUUUAUUGCCGGUUCAAGAAGAAAGACUCUCCCGGCUGUAUGAUCUUUGAGAUUUCGGGACAUCUGAUUAAUGUCAAGACGAAUCCAGGGGUUCUGCGAGGAGAGACGAAGAGCGAGAAGCAAGUGAUCAUCAUCAAUGCACGGCCGUAUCCGACAAGCUGUGGCCGACUGACGGACGAGUUCCUGGAACUGAUGCUAGAGAACGAGGCGAUGAUGCGGGUGAUGAACAGUCGAUCGCCGGCCUCGCUCAGACCCCCGCCCACCCUCUGCUCUUCAAAAACCACCCCCAGGCCGACUCCAGUCUCCCACACACCCAAAGUUAAUCUUCUCCCCAACAUCUUCACCAUGCCAGAACCACCCAAGAUCACCACAUCCUUGGCCGACCGGAUCGCACGGCUCAAUGCUACCCAGGCCCACUCGCUCGACCGGAACCAUGCCCAGGUGCAGCAACAGGUGGGCGAGAUCAAGUCCAAGAUAUCCAAGUACGAGGCAACCGGCCAGCACGAGGCGCCCUUGAUACCCAAAGGCUCGUUUGGACUCGGCGCCCCACUCACCAAGCCCGAUCGAGGCCUCGACCGGAUCAGGAUCGCCAGCCUCGGCGUCAGCGGCGGCACCACCGUCUCCAUCAAAUCCCCCAGCUCACUCUCCGCCUCCACCGGCCCAUCCAGGUCAGUCUCGCUGGGCAGACCAGACACCAGGAGGCUCUCCAACCUCUCCUCAGACCACCACUCCCAGCCAUCCCCAACUCACUCCCCCUCUCAGCACACAUCCGACCUACUGCCCACCCCUCCCCAUGAAUCCGCCGACCCUCUAGCCGAACAAGCCCCGCCAAGCUCCUCCCCCGCCGCCAAGCAGCAGGACCCCCAGGAUGAUCCGGCAAACGACGAGCCCGCCCAGGAGGCCAACCGGUCCUUCGACUCCGCCGACGCCUACGACGGCAUCCUCGACGGCUACCCCACCACGCCCGCAGACGAAGACUGUCCGCCGAUGGUCACCUGCUCAAACUGCUCCCAAUCCGUCGAGCUCGAGCUUCUUGGCGAGCACGUCUGUGAGCCACCGUCGAGCCCCCCCAGCAGGGCCAAGUCUCCCACGGAGGACCAGCCAGCCGAAGGCGCCAGGCAGCCGCCCGUCGACGUCCCCGUCGACGUCCCCGUCGAAUCCCCUGCCCUCGUCAUCUCCCAGGAACGUAAAGACCCAUCCCCUCCAUCGCCCUCCUCCAUCUGCUCCUCAUCCAAGCGCACCCACGAUCCAAGCACAACAACAGACGCCCAGCCUGCGCCCGAGCUCAGCCCGAAAGACCCCCACAAGAACAGACUCAGCGACUCCUCCCACUCCACUAACACCACCCGGCUCAGCACAGGGCCUGUCCAGCAAACGCAGCUAGCCUCUCCUCUCUAA